AUGGUAAAGAGAAAGGCAACCCAACUCGACGAUGGACCCGGCGCGGAUACAACAGGUCUAAGACGAUCGACGCGUCGAAAACCAGGAACGGUGCCAGAACCUCCAGCAGAGCCUAGCAAGGUGAAGUCUACACCAAAUAAAGUAUCCAAAGUCACCAAGCCAAAGAAGCAGGCGACAACUAAAAAAGAAGAAUCUGCAGAACCCUCAAAACCAAAGGCCAAGACCAAAAAGGCGACCCAGACAAGUGCAGCACCAAAGUCUGAUACGGAUGAGGCGGCAAGCUCUUCAGAAAAGUCAUAUUGGCUCAUGAAAGCCGAGCCUGAGUCACGAUUCGAAAAUGGUAUUGACGUCAAGUUCUCAAUUGAUGACUUGGCGUCGCGAACAGAACCCGAGCCUUGGGAUGGCAUCCGAAAUUAUGUCGCCCGUAAUAAUCUUCGGGCUAUGAAGAAAGGCGACAUAUCCUUAUUUUACCACUCCAAUUGCAAGGAACCGGGUAUCGUAGGCACAAUGCAGGUUGUACAAGAACAUUCCCCCGACCUCUCGGCACACGAUGCUAAGGCACCUUACUACGACGCUUCUUCCAAGCCUGAUAAUCCGAAAUGGAGCGUCGUGCAUGUUAAGUUUCGCAGUAAAUUUAAUCAACAGAUUGGAUUGAAAGAACUCCGUGAGAUGGGCCAACCGGGACAGCCACUCGAGAACAUGCAAAUGCUGAAACAGACCCGACUAAGCGUGAGUCGCGUCAGUCCUGCCGAAUUCGAGUAUUUGAUGGAGGUGGUAAAGCAGCGAGGCGGCGAGUCUGACUAG